UGGCUAAAUUCUCUAGUUGUACAGUGUUUGUGCUCCUGUUAUUCAGUAUUAAAUGGACUUCUGGGGUCAAUGUAGUCCCGCGCCUCAUUGGGCAGGUGUUCCAGCAGAGUGAUAGUUCUAAUAUUGUUUGGUCGCCUAAAUUGUUAAUGGAAAACCUCUUUCUACUCUACUUGGGGUCAGAUGGCGAAACAGCAGCUCAGAUUGCUAACUUUCUACAACUUAAAACUGAUCUAAGUAAAGGAACUCUUCAAUUGUCCUUGCUUGAAGAGUCUUAUAAAUCGCCAAUCAGUACGGCCAAUCAAUUCCUCCUGCCACAAGACGUCAAAAUAUUGGAUAGCUACAGAAGCCUGGUCGAUAAAGCCAACGGCAUUUCUUUCGCCUCGCUUAAAUCUUUGACAAGCAAAAAGAUCUUUCUACUCAGCUCCACCUACUACAAGGGAUUGUGGCAAAAAAAAUUUAAAAAUGAAUUAACGAAACUCAACACAUUUUAUAUGCCCCAAGCCGAUGGAAAGUUGAAAAAAAGUACGGUUCGCCAGAUGAGCGAUGUGGGCUUCUAUAAAUACCAAUAUUUAUCAGAAGUGGACGCACAUAUAGUAGAGAUACCUUACAACACUAAUGUAUCAAUGUUUGUUCUGCUGCCGGUUAAUAUAGCUGGUAUAAAUUUAAUUGAAAAUAACUUACAUAAGCUAGCUCUGAAGGACAUCUUCCCAUCAAAAACUGCCUACAUACAAAUUAAACUGCCGAUGUUUAAGUUGGAAUCUCAAACGAAGCUCAAAGAAGUUAUUGAAACUCUGGGCGUCACCCAACUAUUCAACAAUGCUAAUCUAAAAUCAAUGACUGACUACAAAAAGACGUUGUCUCUGUCGAAAAUCAUACAGACAGCUACAAUUGAUGUGGAUGAGAGCGGCUCUCAAACAUUCUUAUCGGAUGGUGCUGCUUUUCGAACCACUUCAGAACUUUUUAAUGUCAAUCAUCCAUUCGUAUUUUUAAUCAGUGACAAAAAUUACGUUUAUCUAGCCGGACGCGUUGCCAGUCUGUAAAAUAAAUAAAUAUGUAUCUAAUCUAAGUCGAUGUUGCAUAAGAUAUCAGUUUCUACACUCAAUAUU